AUUAGCUUUAAGGAUAAACUAGUGACCUACAUGCAGUGACCAUGGCGCCCAGUGCAGCAUCAUGGCUCAUGCAUGAAUUCAGUCAGUCCACAAACCUUCUGGUCACCCGUGGCCCCCCGAGUCAUGUGACUUAUAUGAAUUGCCCUUGGUGCUUCUUCUAAAACGGCAGCGAAAUUGAAAAGUGAAAAGAAAGCUGAAGUGAAACUCUGCAGCCUGUUUCUUGCCUGGUUGUUUUAACUUCACUGGACUCGAUGCCCAAUCUACAAAUAACACUUGAUGCUGUCUGACGGAGCCAGUCUGCAGGACUUCCUCCUGGUUCUUUUGUACAUUUUGAUGCACACAUUAGAAAUCUGUGAUGUCAGACUGCGAUUCUUUCUGCCAGUCUCAUCAAAGGAAUAGCAACAACAACCAGGACUGUGAAGGUUGUGAGGGUUCAGAGGAUGAAGACAGGAGGCUGAAGAAGAGAGAGAAGAACAGAGUUGCAGCACAGAAGAGCAGGAAGAGACAAAUGCAGAGAGCUGACCUGCUGCAUGAGGCCUGUGAGCUGUUGGAGCAGAGGAACAGAAAGCUGAGGAGAGAGGUAGAUUCUCUGUCUGAGGAGCAGCGCCUGCUAACCGAAGCUCUCAGAGCUCAUGAGCCCUUCUGUUCCACCAUGCACUGCUCCUUCGCCUCCUCCAGCUCAUCCAGCCUGCAGCCUGACAACAUGGCCGCCCGUUCUGUCUGAGGACACAAAAUCUAACUAAAGGACGUGGUGUCCUGCUCCCCAUGGUCCGACGGGACUCACACAUCACAGUUGCUACAGAAACUUGAGGUACACAGUAUCAAACAGUGAUGACGUAUUUCACUGUUUGUUUCCAUCACCUUUAAGUACCAGACAGGUGGAGUGAAACCACAUGAGAUGUCAGUUCUCAGCCAGAAACCGGCAGACCUGGAUCGUGUUUGUUUGAUGUGCCUUGGUGAUAAGCCCGAGGUUAUGCUUUACUGCUUCAUUUAGUUGGUUGUGUAAUUGGACAAGUAGAAGUCUGUUGUACUGACUUUGAACAACUUUACGGUAAUUGUCAGAACCCCGAGCAUUAUCCUCCCAUGGUGCGCCCCUCCCGUCUGUAGCAUGCAAGUAAGAGCUGCAAUAAACUGUGGUCGUUUUUGACUUAUGCUGUGUUUUUAACUUGCUUAGGGCUCAUAAACACUUUUACUGCAGUUGUACUCACUCUUCACCUGCUGUUGUUCAGUCGCAUUUCUCUGGGACACUGUCAAAACUUGACAUGUCAGCAGAGUCUGUUUGGUUAAACCAGAAGGUGUGAACAGACAAUAGUUUACAUCACUUCUACAGCACAUUUCAUCCCAUUUCUUCCCAAAUUCUGCUUGAUGAUAAGUUUGGAUGAGUCCUUGUUUAUCUUAUAUCCCAUUCAACUUUCACAUCUUUUCAUGUGUGGCCAAUUUGACAUAACCUGCCAUAACUCUUGAAAGACAGAAAUGUGAUUUAUAAGUCAGGAAACAAGCUUAUUUGUAAAAGUUAACAUCCCUGAAUAUGUGUGUUCCCCUAGAGUGUGUGGUGGACAUGUCUGUACAUCCAGCAGUGAUAUCAGUUUGUUGUUAUUUGAAGAGUAUUUCAUGGCUUAUCUUCACAGCACUGAUGAGUCAGAGCCAAUCAGCUGGUGCAGGAGACCCCCCCACCACCCACACACACACACACACACACACACACACACACCUCCCUCUC